AUGGCAAGACACAAGCUUCCCGAUAGACCGCCGAAUGGUAUCGGAGCCGGUCAAAGACCUUCCCUAAGGCCCAGGCAACUGGAUAUUAAUGCUGCUCACGCCACCCUUACAAAACCCUUCAAAGUCCCAUUAAGAUCCCUUUCUCCCAAUGUGACCCCUCUAACAACUCGAAACACCCGUAAAAGGCCCAAAACCUACUCCUAUGCGGAACCCAGUUUAGAUGAAGAAAAUCUUCAAGACGAGAACUAUCAAGACGGUGAAGAGCCCGCUUUGUUACACCACCACAAACGCAUAGACGCGCUUUCCGCUAUCCGUCUUUCGCAAGAUCCAGACCGUCUACAGAAGAUAGAUUUCGCUCUCAAACGAUCGUUCACAGUUCCCAUCAAGGGCUACGUGGCUCGACACAACAUGCCACUCUCGUUGGGAACCAAACCCAAGAUUGUACUGGAACCUCGUCCGCUGCAUGACCCUACCGACGAACUCGCUAUAGUGCUGUACGACCCUAGCGUUGAUGGCCAAACUCCGCAACUGAUCCAGGAGCAACUAUCUGCCGGCGUUGCAGUAUCGGGGUCCACUACAAAAUCCAAGAAAAGACUAUCCAAAGCAGAAACAAUCAUAGCAGCUGCCGCUGCCACUGCUGCAGCAGAAGCUCUUGCCGCAAGCGCAUCUGCAUCUUCCUCGCAAAUCCAUCGCAAAAGACUUUCAAAUGGACUGCCGAACAAGACAUUGCGACAGUUAUUGGGUGAACGCGAAACAGAGAAGCAAUAUGCAAGUGUACCCGUUGUGAUAGAUCCACUGUUAGCCAAGAUUCUACGUCCACAUCAAGUUGAAGGCGUCAGGUUUUUAUACCGCUGCGUAACAGGAUUAGUUAUGAAGGACUAUUUGGAUCAACAGAGUGUACUCAAACAAGCCGAUAAGGCUACUGCUAUGGAAGAAGUCACUCCUUCACCGUCUCCGCCACCACCUUCCUUGCUGCAAUCCCCCGGUACUGAAGAAAAUACAGAAACAGACGAGUCAGCGAUUCUCGCCGCUCAAAAUAGAGGUGCUUACGGAUGUAUCAUGGCAGAUGAAAUGGGGUUGGGAAAAACACUACAAUGUAUUGCACUUCUGUGGACUUUGUUGCGGCAAGGUCCGCAAGGUAAGAAAACUAUAGACAAGUGCAUCAUCGUGUGUCCCUCGUCACUGGUAAACAACUGGGCCAAUGAAUUGGUGAAGUGGCUUGGUAAAGGAACGCUUUCAGCUUUGCCCAUUGAUGGCAAAAAAAGCUCGCUUAACAAUGGUACGGUUGCACAGGCUGUACACUCUUGGGCCAACGCCAAAGGAAGAAAUGUGGUGAAACCAGUGCUUAUAAUCUCCUAUGAAACUUUGCGACGUAAUGUCGAACAUUUACGCAACGCUGAUGUGGGGCUUUUACUAGCAGAUGAAGGACACCGGUUGAAAAAUGCUGACUCCUUGACUUUCACUUCCCUUAACAGUAUCGACUGUCCUAGAAGAGUGAUUCUUUCUGGUACACCAAUACAGAAUGAUCUUUCGGAGUAUUUUGCCCUACUUAACUUUUCCAACCCUGGUCUAUUAGGCUCAAGGAGUGAAUUCAGAAAAAACUUUGAGACCCCGAUUCUUCGAGGAAGGGACGCGGAUGCUGAUGAGGCAGAAAUUAAAAAAGGAGAUGAAAAAUUGCAGGACCUUUCAAACAUAGUCUCCAAGUUUAUUAUCCGCCGCGCGAACGAUAUUUUGUCAAAGUAUUUACCGUGCAAAUAUGAACACGUAAUAUUUGUGAACUUGAAGCCCUUCCAGAAAGAACUAUACGAACACAUGAUUAAAGCCCGAUUAGCUCUUAGCGCCGCCAAAGAAAACGGUGAUGACUUAGAAGCAAUGAAGGGUGAACAGCCACUUAAACAUAUUGGAACGUUAAAAAAACUUUGUAACCAUCCCGAUUUAUUGCAACUACCAGAAGAUAUUGAGGGCUCCGAAGAUAUAAUACCAGAUGAUUACCAUAACUCAAAUUUAUCGAAGCGUGCAUAUUCGGAAGUUCAGACCUGGCAUUCGGGCAAGUUCUCGAUAUUAAAACGAUUUCUCCAUAAAAUUAAAACGGAAUCUGAUGAUAAAAUAGUACUCAUAUCCAACUACACGCAAACUUUGGACUUGAUAGAGCGCAUGUGCCGAACCAGUCACUACGCGGUUGUGCGACUUGAUGGUACAAUGAAUAUUAAUAAACGUCAAAAAUUGGUAGACAGAUUCAAUGAUCCCGAAGGACAAGAUUUUAUCUUCUUGCUAAGUUCAAAAGCCGGAGGUUGUGGUAUCAACUUGAUCGGUGCUAAUAGGCUGAUUCUGAUGGACCCAGAUUGGAAUCCGGCUGCAGACCAACAAGCACUGGCCCGUGUCUGGAGAGAUGGUCAGAAAAAGGAUUGUUUUAUCUACAGAUUCAUAUCCACAGGAUCAAUUGAGGAGAAAAUUUAUCAAAGACAGUCAAUGAAAAUGAGCCUUAGCUCAUGUGUUGUGGACGAAAAAGCUGAUGUUGAAAGGCUUUUCAGUGUGGAUAAUUUGAAACAGUUGUUUGGCUUAAGAAAUGAUACCGCUUGCGAUACUCAUGAGACUUAUCAGUGUAAAAGAUGUCAUGGAGACAAGCAAAUGAUAAAAUCUAAGGCGAUGCUGUAUGGUGACCCAACGACAUGGAAUCAUUUAAAUCAUGACGCACUAGCGAAGAAUAGUGACCACCUGUUGCAAAAUGAAGCGAAGUAUCAAGACAUCAGUUACGUGUUUCAAUACAUCUCACAUUGA